AUGCACGCGGUUGGAAGAGAAGGUUGCAAGCAUGCGUUGGGGGUAGUGAGGAGACGUUUCAUAUUAGCCACCGAACCCAAGGAAAAAGCCAUAAAAGCGGGCCUGAAAGUUUCUGGAAAGGCCAGCGUGAAGUUGCCCAGUCCUGACCACAGGGGUCCCACUCCCAUGCACACAGACCGAGACAGAGAAGAAGCCCAUCUCCACACGUUAAUAAGUGCAGACAAGUCCCAGCCACCCUUUGAAAAUGACAUGGAGAAGAUCGCGAGAUCAAACGGUGAGCAUUUAAAUGAAAAAGCCCACAGCCUUAAAAACUCACGGGACAAGAACGGCACCGUUACACACGCGCCUAUGGAUCGAAAAGCUGCUCGGUUUAUUUCUCUCUCUGCAGCGAUGGAUCUGACGGUGAAGGGAUUGAUACUACUCACUGUGAUUGAAGGUGGGAUCGAGGCUAGAACUGGGGAAAAUGCUAGGCUAUGCGUGGACGGGCAAGGUGAGGAUAGGAAACGGGGUCUGCAUAUAUGGAUAGGACCUUUGCCCAGCACUCCGAGUGUAGCUGGUGAUGGUUCUUCUUCGUCUCUGUUUUCCUCUCCGCGUAAUUCGUUUUCCGAGAGGAAGAUAGGAGUCCCGACUAGUUAUAUUACUAUGAUCAAGUAUAUAUAUAAAGGAGCCGUAGCUAGUGUUAGGACUAACGGAACCAUCACAACAGGUUUGCGCCAGGGGUCGGCACUAAGCUCAUUCCUUCCCGUUAUAGUAAUGGAUGAACUCACACCACAUAUCCAAGGAGUUCAUGAAAGUAUGAUCCUGGAUAGAAAUGAAUGGAGGAAACAAAUACACGAUCUGUCAGUGUUGUCACGAGGCCGCCGGGCGCGCGCCUGGGCUCUCCAGGCGGGUGCCUCGCCUAGUCUUAAUUGCCUGGCUUCAGCCAGGAGUGGGCUAGGCGCAAGCCUUAGACCAGGCGCAAGGCUGGUCGGGUGCUCGCCUAGGAGAAUUGAGGAUGGACGCAAGACAGUGUUGGUGACUCAAAGCUUGGCGACGGCAUCCUGUUGGAAGCUGCGCCAAACAAGAUAUUUUAUUCUUUUCACAGGGAUGAAAUCCCAGCUGCAUCCUUACUUCAUCCGUGUUAAGUUGCUUUCCUUCCGAAAGGUGUUGAACUUUCGUCAGAGAUUUGCCGGCGUGUUAAUGACAUUACAAACAAGUGUUUGUGGAACACAGGAAGAAAUAAAUCAAUUAUUUUAUAAGACUCGUGUGGAAAUGCAUGCAACAGUGCAGCCUGGCGGCCGUUCUCCAAACCAAAUUAAUGGCCGAACACCAACAUCACAGCUGAAACCUGGUUCUGAUACCAUACAAAACAGUGCUUCCUCCUUUCCUUCUCAAGUUAAGGGAAAGAAAAGGGAGCGGGGAGAUCAGGGCUCUGAGCCUGUCAAACGAGAUCGUUCAAUAAAAAAUGAUGAUGGAGACUCUAGCAAUGGCAGAGCAGACGUCAUCUUCAAGUCUGAGAUUGCUAAAAUUACAGAGAAAGGAGGGCUUGUGGAUUCUGAGGGGGUAGAGAAGUUCGUGCAACUCAUGCUCCCCCAAAGAAAUGAGAAAAAAAUAGACUUGGUUGGGCGUUCGAUACUUGCUAGCGUUGUAGCAGCCACAGAUAAGUUGGAUUGCUUAAAUAAAUUUGUGCAGCACAAGGGCUUGCCUGUAUUUGAUGAAUGGCUCCAGGAGGUCCAUAAAGGCAAGAUUGGUGAUGGUAAUAGCCCCAAGGAUAGUGAUAAAUCUGUCGAGGAGUUUCUACUUGUUUUACUCCGUGCCCUAGAUAAGCUUCCUGUUAAUCUUGACGCCCUACAGAUGUGUAACAUUGGCAAAUCUGUGAAUCAUCUACGUUCACAUAAGAACAUGGAAAUUCAGAAGAAAGCAAGGAGUUUGGUUGAUACUUGGAAGAAACGUGUUGAAGUUGAGAUAGAUGCAAAGUCGGGUUCAAAUCCAGCUGUGCCCUGGUCAGCAAGACCUCGUAUUCGUGAAAUAUCUCAUGGGGCAAAUAGACAGUCAGGUGGAACUUCUGAGGUUGCUGUAAAGAAUUCAGUUACACAGCUUUCGGCUUCUAAACCAGCUUCAGUUAAGCUUGUUCAGGGUGAUGCUACAACCACGCCGCCUGCUUCGGCUUCUCUGGAAUCGAUGAGAACAGCUCAAUCACCUGUAUAUGCAAGUACGGAUGCAAAAGAUGGAGAGUCUCGAAAUGCAGCUGCUGCUGGUGCCUCUGAUAUUCUAUUAAUGGCGGCCAGGGAUGAGAAAAGUAGCAGUUCUGGUCAGUCACAUACUAAUAGUCAGUCUUGUUCUGGUGACCAUGCAAAAAGUGGUGGAGUUUUUGGUAAGGAGGAUGCACGAAGCUCAACUGCUGGUUCAAUUACAGUGAAUAAGAUUACAGUUGGUUCUUCAAGGAAUCGUAAAUCUAUCAAUGGAUUCUUUGGGACAGCUCUAUCAGGGGUACAGAGGGAAGCUGGGUCAAGUAGAAGUUCUGUGAACAGAAAUCCUACAGAAAAGGUAUUACAGUCCACUUUGACAUGCGAAAAGGCAUUUGAUGAGCCUCUGGUUGAGAACACUACUCAAAAACUUAUUGUCAAGAUUCCAAAUCGAGUUAGCAGUCCUGUGCAAAGUGCCAGCGGGGGAUCCGUUGAGGACCCUUUGUUCAUGAAUGAAAGAGCUACUUCUCCUCUGCUUUUGGAGAAGAAUUAUCAAUUUGAUCGUAAUCUGAAGGACAAGGAUGAUGCUAAUCGAGCUAAUGGUCCUUUCAAUGUGAAUAAUGAGUCAUGGCAAAGCAAUGAUUUCAAGGAUGUACUGACCAGUUCUAAUGAGGGAGAUCCGUCACCUGCUGCUGUUCCAAAGGAGGAGUGCUGUAGGGCUGUUGAUGAUUGUAAGAAGUUGACAGAAGUGUCUAGGGCUGUUUCUUCUCCUUCUGGAAAUGAACAAAAAUCUGGGAAGCUGAAUGAUGCUUCUUUUAGCUCCAUAAAUGCUUUGGUUGACAGUUGUGUCAACUACUCUAAAGCGAAUGCAUCUGUGCCAGCUGGGGAUGAUGUUGGGAUGAAUCUGCUUGCACGCGUGGCUACUGAAGAGAUGUCCAAAUCCGAAGUGAUUUCAGCAUCUAAUUCUCCUCAACGAAACAACCUUUCGCUGGAUAACUCUACUACUGGCCAUGUUUCAAAAUUGAAAUUGUCAGCUGGAGAUGACCUUGCACAAGAUGGUGGUAGUCUUAGUCCUGAUGGCCCCUGUGAUCAGGAGAAGCAUUGGCCUAGAUUUGCUGAUGGAAAAACUGCUUCUUUGUUAUCUCAUGGGAAUUCCACCAACGAUGUCAAUGGACAUUCAAAUUCCUCUGAUAUUGAUUGGCAUCAAACUGUAGACCCAUGUGCAGAAAAUAACAGAAAAAUGAAGGAAACCGGAGCAAUGGAUUUUAUUACUGGGCCUUAUGUAAGCUCUGUGGAGAAGGCCUUGAAGGUAGAAGGAAGUGGAGAAGCUAAAGAGGAAAGUGCAGGUCUUGAGGUGAUUAUAGAUCACGUUCUAGAUACUAAACUGGAGGCAAGCAGUUCUUUUUUAACACAAGGAAAGUUAGAUGUGUCAGGUUUGGAUUUUAAGCCGGUAGCUGUUGAAGGAACAUCAUUGUAUCAAUCUUUAGAAAUUGAUGGUGACAGAAAAAAUGUAGCUGAAGGGUUGAGCAGUAUUAUGCAGACAGAGCAGAAGCCAUAUUCCGUGACGACGAGCUCCGAGAUUGUAAAAGGAGGGGAUGAGGACUUGUCUAAUCCUUCUGGUUCUGGUAAAGAUAUGAACAAUGCUGAAAAUUGUAAUGAGGACAAGACUGAGGAGGUGGAAAUCAAUGCUGGCAGUCAUGUCAAUAGCUGUCGAAAGCAAUCAACUGCGCCUGAUGAGAAUGCUGAUUUACUUUUGGAGCAUUGUACUGGAGCUGAUGGGGGUUCACCUUUUAUUGAUAACAAGGGCGUGCAUUUAAGCAAGAGUGUAGAAGGAAAUGAUGUGAGUGACCUGCAUGCAGGUUGUGGACCUGCACCUCCCAAGCCAGAAGCAGAACCGUGUGUAGGGUCAAAGGGAUCCAAGUUGAAUGCCGGUGGAAAUAAUGAAGCUGAGGAGUGUACAUCUGCCUCUGCAGAUGGUUCUUCUCCCUCUGCUACUGGUAGGGUUAAUGCAGAUGCGAAAGUAGAGUUUGAUCUGAAUGAAGGCUUUAAUGCCGAUGAUGCAAAAUACGGGAACACAAAUAACUCAAUAUCACCUUCAUGUUCUGCUUCUAUUCCAUUGAUUAGCCCUUUCCCUUUUGCUGUUUCUUCUGUAUCUAGUGGUCUCCCUUCAUUGAUUACUGUGGCUGCUGCUGCAAAAGGGCCCUUUGUUCCACCAGAGGAUUUAUUGAGGAGUAAAGGAGAACUUGGUUGGAAAGGAUCAGCUGCAACAAGUGCAUUUCGGCCAGCUGAACCUAGAAAGGUUUUAGAUAUGCGAUUGGGUUUAACUAGCGUAUCUCUUCCAGAUCCUACUGUUGGCAGGCCCAAUCGCCUUUUACUGGAUUUUGACUUGAAUGUACCAGAUGAAAGAGUCAUCGAGGAUUUAGCAUGUCAGUCUUCUACUCAAGAUACAGGUUCUGUGCAAGGGCUUACAAAUAGUUGCAAUAUCGCAGAUGAACUCAUUGGUUCUGGCCCUAGUCGUGCCUCUGGAGGACUUGAUAUUGAUUUGAAUAGAGUUGAUGAUGCUGUUGAUAUGGGGAACAGCUUAACAAGCAGUGGUCAUAGAGUGGAAUUUACACUUCCGCCAGUCAAAUCAUCAUCAACUGAUUUUCUUAAAGGUGAGGGGAAUACCCGCAGGGAUUUCGAUUUAAAUGAUGGGCCUGCUAUUGAUGAGAUUGGUGCAGAACCAUCACCAUUUAGUCAGCGUGCAAGGAAUACUGUGCCAUCACAGGCAUCUGCGCCUUUGCUUCGGAUGAACAAUCAUCAUAUGGGAAACAUUUCAACAUGGUUUACACCGUCAAAUACUUAUCCUGCAGUAUCAAUUCCACCUAUCUUGCCUGAGAGGGAGCAGUCUUUUCCAAUGAUUGCUCCUGUUGGGCCUCAGAGGAUGAUGACCCCAACUAAUAGUAGCACACCAUUUAGUCCCGAUGUUUACGGGGGACCGGUAUUGUCAUCUUCUCCUGCGGCUCCUUUCCCUCCUACUCCAUUUCAGUAUCCUGUCUUCCCUUUCGGGGCAAACUUUUCUCUUCCAUCAGCCACAUUUCCUGGUGGUUCAACCGCACAUGUGGAUUCAUCGUCUGGUGGGAGAAUUUGGUUUCCUGUUGUGCAUUCACAAUUAUUAGGACCUCCUGGCGCAGUCCCAUCUAAUUACCCAAGGCCUUAUGUUGUUACCCUUGCUGAUGGCAGCCAUAGUGGUGGCACUGACAGCAGUAGGAAAUGGGGUGGUCAGGGUCUAGAUCUCAAUGCAGGACCGCUGGUCCCAGAUAUAGAAGGGAGAGAGGAUAUGACUGCUAUUGGGGCAAGGCAACUGUCUGUUGCCAGUUCACAGGCUCUAGUAGAGGAGCAAGCACAAUUUUAUCAGGUAGCAGGUGGUAGUGCUUUAAAGAGGAAGGAGCCAGAGGGAGGAUGGGAGGGUUACAGGCAGACACCAUGGCGGUAGGAAUUAAAAAUGACAGGAAUCUGGGGGAUCCAUCAAAGCUUUUCUUGAGGAUGGGGCUUUGUUCGACACCUAAAUAUCAACAUCCUACUUAUGUGCUUUCAAUGAUGACUGAUGAGUGUUUCUGGGGUUUCUGGAUUUUCUUCCGAAUGGGAUACUGGAAGUCUGGAAGGCAGGUCAGAAAUUUAUAACCCAAUAACGUUUGAAUGUUCUACUUUAUGAGGUAGGUUGUGAGUGGAUUUAUUGGUGAAUGUUUAAAAUCCUAAUGUAACUUGGGCAUAUUCACUUUUGGAAUGACAAACAAACAUUGCACUUUACAGAA